CUCACUCCCAUGUAUUUUCAAGUGUAUUAAAUUAUGCAAUGAAAAAUUCGUAUAAAACUUAAUCGUUGAUUGCGUAUAUGGCAAGUAAAUGUAAUUACUAAAGUUCCUUGACGUGACAAAAAUAGUUGGACAUAAAAAAUGAGUGACGAAGAUGAGAUGUCCGAGGAGGAGAUGUUCAUCAUCCCUGAUGAAAUCGAGUUCAAACUCGGGAGUCCACUUAUGGAAAAUUACACCGACAAAUCACGACAAACGUAUCAAAAGAGGUACAAUGAUUUUAUCAAUUGGCAACAGACGAGCAACAACGUAUCCUUUGACGAGGACACUCUGCUCACUUAUUUUCAUGAAAUAUCGGAAAACAAAAAUUCAGCGUCGUUGUACGCCAAGUACUCGAUGCUCAAGACUAUGCUGAAUGUCGAGAAAAACGUUGAUAUCGAUAAAUACGAAAGAUUAAAGGCUUUUCUCAAAGAAAAACAUGGAGGCUACAAGGCUAAGAAAGCUCAAGUCUUUUCGUUGAAUGACGUCUCUAGAUUUCUGACUGAAGCUCCUGAUCACAUCUAUUUGGCCGAAAAGGUUGCUUUAAUCAUAGGUGUAACUGGUGCCUGUCGAAGGGAAGAAUUGCGUGCAUUGAAAAUAGAAAACUUGAGAUUUGAAAAUUCCAUUCUCAUUAUCAGUAUUCCAAAUACGAGGACUCGAGUGGCUAGAACUUUUGUGAUUGAGGGAGAAUAUUUUAACAUAAUAGACAAGUACGUGAAACUCAGGCCACCUUAUGCACCUCCCAAUCUGUUUCUGUAUGUUAAGAAUGAUCAGUGUACUAAUCAACCGAUUGGUAAAAACAAAAUGGGAACCAUUCCCAAGGAAAUAGCCACAUGGCUCGGACUACCAAGUGCAGAAAAGUACAAUGGUCACACGUAUAGAAGCACUUCAAAGACUUUACUUUCAAACUUUGGAGCUAGCACUGCGGUGAUUAAACGUAAUGGAAGGUUGAUGCCGGUUGUGGACAAUUUUAGGAAUAAAAGAAUUAAGUACAAUCAGUUCAAUACUUAUGAGGAUAAUCAAAGCAAUUAUGGCAAUUCUUCUUACCUAGACAGAACACAGAGAGCUGAAGAUCCUCUAGGCAACGGUGCAAGCACAGCAGAGGCACAGACGAGAGUUGCAGUUGAAAUAGCGGAGCAUUUUUUGACGCUGUCAGGUAGAACUGAUGAAUUUCCGAUCACGGGAAUUGUUAACGCACCAUCCCUCGUCGCGGCGAACAAUCCAACGAAUGCUCCGUGGGUCGAUCUAGCCCGGAAACUCGGCAUAAUUGCGAGCAAAUUUAUAGGAUCCAAGAAUCGAAACAUAGUAGUGGACUACUGCGUUUGCGGCGGGGAGGACAAAAAGUACGUGAAAACCGCGCUUUUGCUUGGUCUGUUGACCGGUCGCGUGAAGGGUGAGCUGAAUCUCAUCAACGCUCAGAACCUCGCAGAUGAGCUGAAGAUCAAGGUGAAUGAGCAGUCUUGGAGCGACUGCGAGAACGUCUUGUUCGUUAAAGCUGGAGGGCACGAAGUUAAAGGUUCCUUGGCAUGUGACUCGAGUAAAUUAAUGUCUGUGGACAACACUCAGUUCAAGGACUACGUGUGCCUUCUCCAAGACAAUAUCUCGCUGUACAAGACGAAAACGCCGGAAGAUUUGACUAAAAUUGUAUCGAGCCACAUUAACAAAUCGGUUACAAUCAGCAGCGUAAGCGUUUCUGGCAAUUGGGUCGUUAUGCAGACCAACAAUCCGGUUACUAUUCCCAUCGAUGGCAUCGAAAGUUAUUGAUGCACUCAGUCAGUCUUUUAUCACCAUCAUGCAAGAGUUUUGUCCAUAAUAUACUUAUUAAUGAAAAUAUGGUGUAUUUAUGAUGCAUGCAUACAAAAAAAUUAUUUUGAUGAUUUAUCUGAAGCUUGCACGAAAUGCUAAAUAGCUUUCAAGUACUGAACAUUCCUGUGAAAAAAAAAAUCAUUUCAUGUGAGUUGAUGUUCAAGUUUAAAUAUUUCUACUAUCUCGUGUUUUUGUUGUUUAUAAAUAAAUAAAUAAAUAUACAUACAUAGA